CAUGGCGAUUUGGGUAUGUUGGUCAAAGGUGACGUGUUGAUUGCAAUUUCAAACUCUGGAAAGAGUGAUGAGAUUAUGAUGUUGAUGCCACUGAUUAAGUAUUUGGAAGUGCCUUUGAUCACCAUCAGCGGUGAUGACAAAGGACCUAUGCCACAAAAUGCAGAUGUUGCGUUGACACUUGGAAAUAUCAAAGAAGCAUGUCCAUUAGGGGAUGAAAUUAAAUCCUUUGAUAUUCGUGACGGAUUGGGCAUGAAACUGGUGCAAAAAUCUGGGAUUAAAGUCAUCAUUAUCACAGGACGUAAAAGCAAUAUUGUUGAAAAACGUAUGGCUGAUCUGGGGGUGGAUUUGGUCUUUCAAGGUCGUGAAGACAAAGGGACUGCACUUAAAGAAGCUUGUGCUCAAUUCAAUUUAGAUCCUGAAGACUGUUUAUAUAUGGGCGAUGAUUGGCCAGAUCUUUCUGCCUUUGCAAUUGCAGGAAUGAAAGUCACUGUACCCAAUGGGCAUGUUGAAGUGCGUCGUCGAGCAGAUUUAGUCACUCAGGCGAUGGGUGGGCGUGGAGCGGUGCGUGAAGUCUGUGAUAUGUUGCUGAUGGCAAAAGGCACUUACCAAGAAUUACUUGAAAAAUAUACAGCUAUACCGCAUUAA